AUUGGUCGAAGUAAAACUAGAUUCUAGCCAAUGAGGAACGAGCAUUCGUAUUUCAUUUUUAUAUAAAUACCGGUACGACGCAUCACGGUAAUCAUUCGUUUCUCUUGUUCCAUUUGAUUCUGUGCAAGAAGCUUCAUUUAUCAAGAUGACUGGACGCGGUAAAGGAGGAAAAGGUUUGGGAAAAGGUGGCGCCAAACGUCAUCGUAAAGUUCUACGUGAUAACAUCCAAGGUAUCACGAAACCAGCUAUCCGUCGUUUAGCCAGACGUGGAGGUGUCAAACGUAUCUCCGGUUUGAUCUACGAAGAAACCCGUGGUGUCCUGAAAGUUUUCUUGGAAAACGUUAUUCGUGAUGCUGUUACCUACACCGAACACGCCAAGAGGAAAACCGUCACCGCCAUGGAUGUCGUAUAUGCGUUGAAACGUCAAGGAAGAACCCUCUACGGUUUCGGAGGUUAAGCCUACCCCACUACUAAGGUGGUUUUAUGGAGUGAUUAAAACGGCCCUUUUCAG